GCCCGGGAGCGGGGCGCAGCCUCCGGGCACCGGCCGGGAGGAAGGGAGGUUUCACCCCCUUUUCCCCCACGGAAACCCACGGGCCUCAGGCCCCGCAGGGUGGCGGAGCGCCCGCCGGGUCGCUCUCCGCCAUGACAUGGCGGUGGGUGGGAGUGCUGGCGCUCCUCUGCUGCCAGCUGCGGGCGGGCAAUGCCGCCCUCCAGGCGCCUGCAGCUACCCGGCCCGGGGAGGAGGGCGGCGGCGGCGGCGGCGGUCGUGGCCGCCCUCCGUGGGACGGAGGCGGGCGGGAGCAAGAGGCAGCGGCGGCGGCGGCCCUCCGGGAAAGUGCUAAAAGAAUUAGAUUACUGAAUUCAUCAUCAAAAGAUAAUACGAGUGCUUUCUAUGGGAUAAAUCAGUUUUCUCACCUGUUUCCUGAAGAGUUCAAAGCUAUUUACUUAAGAAGCAUACCUCACAAACUUCCCAGAUACACAAAAGUGCCAAAGGGAAAGGAAAUUCCUUUGCCAAAGAAGUUUGACUGGAGGGACAAGAAAGUCAUUGCAGAAGUGAGAAAUCAGCAAACAUGUGGAGGCUGCUGGGCUUUCAGCGUUGUGGGUGGCAUAGAGUCUGCCUAUGCAAUUAAAAGAAACAACCUGGAAGAGCUGAGUGUGCAACAAGUUAUUGACUGCUCAUACAAUAAUUACGGCUGCAAUGGGGGAUCCACUGUGAGUGCUCUGAGCUGGCUGAACCAGACAAGAGUAAAACUCGUGAGAGAUUCAGAAUACACUUUUAAAGCUCAGACAGGCCUGUGCCAUUAUUUUGAUCGCUCAGAUUUUGGAGUUUCAAUAACAGGAUUUGCUGCAUAUGACUUCAGUGGUCAAGAAGAAGAAAUGAUGAGGAUGCUUGUUAAGUGGGGCCCUUUGGCAGUAACAGUAGAUGCAGUUAGCUGGCAGGAUUAUCUUGGUGGAAUCAUACAGUAUCACUGCUCCAGUGGAAGAGCAAAUCAUGCUGUUCUUGUCACUGGUUUUGACAGAACAGGUAGUAUCCCGUACUGGAUUGUACAGAACUCCUGGGGGCCUACGUGGGGAAUAGAUGGCUAUGUUCAUGUUAAGAUAGGCGGCAAUGUCUGUGGUAUCGCAGAUACAGUUUCAUCAGUUUUUGUUUGACACUUUUCUGGGCCAAAAACCACAAAUAUCAUUUGGACACACACUGUAUAUGAAGAUGUAUUUCAACACAACAUUUUCUAAAAUAAGAAGUUGCUAUAACGGCAGUUCCUGCGUCCAGCAAUAGAUGGCUGAAGUUUUUAAAAACAUUUUUAUUUCGAAUUUGUGUUGCGUGCCAAAUUUCUCAUGGAAUAAGAAGACUCCGAAUCAACUGCAGGGUUACAAAGAUGGACUGAAACCUCAAAUGUGGACUCUAUCUAGGGUUGAAUACUAUUCCAUAGAAAAAUCUUAAAAGGAAAACAGUGGUGACAAAUGAGAAGAAAUUUGGAUUAAAAAAUCAGUAGUAUAACGGUGUAUUUUAAAUUAUUUGAAUAUAAAAAGAACCGCGAGUAACAAUUUAGAAAGUCAGCAAUUACAGAAUACAUCAAAUAGAGUCAGUGUUAAAUUUCCCUGUGUUAAUUCAAUUCAUAGGUGAGACUUCCUGGGAAUCAAAAAGGGGUUCCAGCUUGGCUGACGUGUGAAACUGCAGCUGCAGGCAAAUGUAACUAGAACUCACAACCAAGCAUGGAAUUCUAAAAUGCUCUGAGUUUUUCAUCUGCAGUGCUUUACCUGUGUCUUUUAAGAAGCCCUACUGUGAAAAGUACUGAAGCAAUUCUGUAAUUUUUUCACUCAAUUACUGUACCAUGUUAAUAUUUUUUUUAUAAACUUUUUAUGAAAAAUG